GGCUGUUUGUGUUGGGGGUGGAGGGUGUUCGGAAAGUGAGCGGCGCCGGGACAGGGAGUGAGAGAGACAAGCAGGAGGAGUGAGGGCUGAGCGGACAGUGAACCGUGGACUGUUUACCUCGCUCGGAUCCAAUGGAAAGUUAAUCUUUAACCGAGAGAGAGAGAGCAAGGGGGAGGCGGUGGGUGAAAUAUUUCCAAGGUGGCGACAGACAAGGUUGCAGAGAAGUUGAGUUCUACUCUCUCAUGGGUGAAGAGCACAGUGUCUCACACUGUCAGUCAAAUGGCUAGUCAGGUGGCAAGCCCAUCUGCUUCACUGCAUACUACAUCUUCAUCGACGACACUCUCCACACCAGCACUUUCACCCGGAUCACCAACCACUCUCAGUCCUGAUGAUUUGGAGCUUCUUGCUAAGCUAGAAGAACAGAACAGGCUGUUGGAGACUGAUAGUAAAUCUUUGAAAUCUGUAAAUGGAUCUCGUCGAAAUAGUGGAUCUUCCCUGGUAUCCAGUUCUUCUGCUUCAAGUAACCUCAGCCACCUGGAAGAAGAUACCUGGAUCCUCUGGGGAAGAAUUGUGAAUGAGUGGGAUGAUGUACGGAAAAAGAAAGAGAAGCAGAUGAGGGAACUUGUCCGAAAAGGGAUUCCUCAUCAUUUCCGAGCUAUUGUGUGGCAACUCCUAUGCAGUGCUCAAAAUAUGCCAAUCAAAGAUCAGUAUUCAGAGCUAUUGAAGAUGACCUCACCAUGUGAAAAACUUAUAAGAAGAGAUAUUGCUAGAACAUAUCCAGAACAUGAUUUUUUCAAAGAAAAAGAUAGCCUGGGACAAGAGGUUCUAUUUAAUGUUAUGAAGGCCUAUUCACUUGUAGAUCGUGAAGUUGGUUAUUGCCAAGGGAGUGCUUUUAUAGUUGGACUACUACUUAUGCAGAUGCCAGAGGAGGAAGCAUUUUGUGUUUUUGUCAAGUUAAUGCAAGACUACCGACUCAGAGAACUUUUCAAACCUAGUAUGGCUGAGCUAGGCCUUUGUAUGUAUCAAUUUGAGUGGAUGAUACAGGAACAGCUACCAGAACUUUAUGUGCACUUUCAAUCGCAGAGUUUCCACACAUCCAUGUACUCUUCUUCCUGGUUCCUUACUAUCUUUCUGACUACAUUUCCACUACCAGUUGCUACAAGAUUAUUUGACAUUUUCAUGUCAGAGGGUCUAGAAAUUGUUUUUCGUGUUGGGAUAGCUAUACUACAGGCCAAUCAGGCAGAACUGAUGCAGCUUGAUAUGGAGGGAAUGUUACAGCAUUUUCAAAAAGUCAUUCCACAUCAGUUUGACAGUGGCCCUGACAAGUUGAUCCAAGCGGCUUAUCAAAUUAAAUACAAUGCAAAGAAGAUGAAGAAGUUAGAAAAGGAAUACACUACAAUAAAAAAUAAGGAGAUGGAAGAGCAAGUAGAAAUUAAGAGGUUACGCACAGAAAAUCGACUGCUGAAACAGCGCAUUGAAACUUUGGAGAAGGAAAGUGCUUCUUUGGCAGAUAGAUUGAUCCAGGGACAAGUGACAAGGGCACAAGAGGCAGAGGAAAACUACCUCAUUAAACGGGAGCUGGCCACCUUUAAACAGCAAAGUGAUGAGGCUAGUGCUAAGCUGGAGAAAGCUCAGGAUGCCAUCAGGGAGCUCCAAGAGCAACGGCAUAAAUGCAACCCACGCUACAGUGAGGAUUUUGUUCUACAAUUGGAGACUGAGCUAGUGCAGGCAAGGUUAAGAGAAGCAGAAUCGCAAUGUGCCCUCAAAGAGAUGCAAGACAAAAUCUUGGACAUAGAAAAGAGAAACAGUUCCUUGCCUGAUGAGAACAAUGUGGCCAGGUUGCAAGAGGAGCUUAUAGGGGCAAAGUUGAGAGAAGCAGAAGCACUAAUGGGCCUGAAAGAACUUCGGCAGCAAGUUAAAGAUUUGGACGAUCACUGGCAGCGUCAUCUGGCUAGAACUACCGGCAGAUGGAAAGACUCGCCACGGAGGAAUGCUGUAAGUGAGCUCCAGGAUGAACUGAUGACGGUGCGCCUCAGAGGAGCUGAAACGCAGGCUGAGCUGAAAGAAAUAAAGCAACGGAUGUUGGAACUUGAAACACAGAACCAAAUCAGCAGCAACCAACUAUGUCGAGCAGAGAAGGAGUGCAAUGGCCUAUGCGAGAAGGUGCAAUAUCUCACAGCCCAGAAUAAGGGACUACUCACUCAGUUAAAUGAAUCUAAACGAAAAAUAGCUGAGAUGGACUGCAAGAAUAAAGAAGAUGUGAUGGCACUGAGGCUUCGAGAAGCAGAUAGCAUAGCAGCCGUGGUUGAACUACAACAGAAAAUUGCUGAUCUAGAGAUACAGAAUUUCCAAGAUUCUAGAAUGGUCCACGUGGAUUGGAACGUAGCAAAUGAAACCCCUCUAUUCAAGAGAGGAAGAAAUGAGAAAACCAGAAGCUGUAGGCCAAUUAGCCUGACAUCACUAAAAGAAGAGGGUAAAGUUAAAGGCCAACUUAACAACUCAGACUCCACCCAAUAUAUUCGAGAACUAAAGGAUCAGAUAGAGGAGCUGAAAAAUGAGGUCAUGUGCCUAAAAGGACAGAGGGGCUUCUCAGGCCCACACACUUUUGAUAGGAUCCAUAUUGUGAACCAUAUAGCAGACGAUGAUUCAUUCCACUCCUCUGAUGAAGAUCUAAUUACAGAUUCCAUGAGGGUUCGUGAUCUCCGGGGGGUUCCUCACCAUUUUCACCACCUCAGCAGAAACGCACAAAUGGAAACUAAUGAUAAGGACAGUGAGGACAGUACAGACAGUGAUAAUGAGGAUGAAACAAUACAUCCUGGUCACUAUAGCCAGAUUAGUAACCAGAAUGUCUGCACAGUGAGUCAGAAACAGGCAGAAUCUUUCUCCACCACCGUGUGACCACCACUGUGAACAACAUGAGGCUUUCUGGUUCAUAUCAAAGACCAGGUAGGCUCCGAUCAUUCAGACUUGAAUGCAGCUUUCAGUCUGGCCUGCUGAUUAACAUAAAGGGACUGAAGUGAGGAAUUACAUGGAUGUCUGCCAUUGAAAUGGUGGAGAUGAUGUACUGAAUUUCGUAAUGGAUUUGUUUUGAUGGGGGGGGGUGGGGGGGGUGGUCAUUUUACCCGUUCUUUUGUCUGCCUUAACCUUUGCCAAACUUUUUCAAUAUAAUUGUUGUUGCCACAUGCAAGUAUGGGAGAGAGCGUGUGAAAUGGACAGGAGAUAAGAUGUUGACAGUAUUAUAUGCAGUAUCUCCUUUUUUAAAACUUGAAAUGCACACUUUCUAAUUUAUUUAGAAUGGGAGAUUUUGUUUUCCUUUGCUUGAUACUUCAGUCAAUGGAAUUGUGAGCCCUUGGGACAUUGGUUGCUUUAUGAAAAAGAUGCAUCAUCUUGUGCAAUAUUAUUUGUAUUUUAUGCUAAUGAGAACAAAUUUUACUUGUUUAUGACAUAAAUGUACCAUAAUGGUCAUAACAGAGGAUUAAUUAAAUGAGUUGGUGCCUUCAAGGCACACUUUGGUCAGUAAUUUGUUAGUUGACGGUCUUAAUUGGGCAUCACAGUACAAAGAAUAUGUGCAAUUGGAACAUGUUUUUAUAAAAAAGCAGCUCACAGGUUUGCUUAGGAUCCCAGCACAAAAAUCUGUAUCUUCAAGAAAAUACUUUGUUAAGAUUUAAAAAAAUCAAAUACUAAGAUUGCUGUUUAUAGGCCUUUACAUGAUUUUACCCUUUUAUUUCUGUUUUCAUUCGAGGUGUUUGAUAACAAAUAGUGAUGUACCUGUGAUAUGUGUUACAGCAAUAUCUAAUUUUGUGUUACUUUGUUAUGACAGAGAAAUGUAGUUAAGCUUUAAUAUAAAUACCUUUUAAUGUUAACUGGGAAUGCAUUGUGUUGCAUUUCUAUCAUUGUAUCAACCGGCCACUUAAAAAAAUUGGGGAUUUCAACAUAGUCAUGUACUGGUUACCCUAGUUCAUACCGCUCAAGAAAAUACAAAAACACUAUCAAGAAACUCUGUUAUGCAGAGGUAAAGAAACGUCCUCCGAAAAUAUCCUUGGUAAAUGUAAGUUAGCUCUGCUUGGCAGUUGUUAACACUAGCUUUUUCACUUCACUAAUGAGAAUGCUUGUAUAAACACUAUCAGUGUUUCUCUUUUAACUUCAAAUUACAUGAUGAUCACAAUAAAUAAACUUUUCAUGAUUUUAAA